AGUUACCAAAGUUAUCUCUCAGUAGCAGCAGAACAGUUGACUAAAGAUAAACGAGAGAGUGUGGAGAUAAAAGACAGACCAAAAAGGCCAGAACAGGAACAGGACUCUGCGUCUGUGACCUAGAGUGGAUUUGGAUUUUAUGUACACCAUGACAUUUGAGGAACUAAACGGAGAAUAUCCGCAGGAAAGAAUGGAUUCAGUGGCGAAAGCUUUAGAAGAAGUGCUCGCGUCAGCGUUACCACAGGGCUGCAUCACAGUCGGAGUGUACGAAGCUGCCAAGUCUCUGAAUGUAGACCCUGAUAAUGUGGUUUUGUGCAUCCUGGCCACCGAUGACGAAGACGUCAAAGACGUGGCCUUGCAGAUUCACUUCACCCUUAUUCAGGCAUUCUGCUGCGAAAAUGACAUCAACAUCCUGAGAGUGAACAACACCCGGCGUCUGGCAGAGAUUCUGGGUGGAGGAGCUGCAGGGAAACAGAGCGGGGGAGAACCCAUGGACUUACACUGUGUCCUGGUCACUAACCCACAUUCCACAUUGUGGAAAGACCCUGCUCUGAGCAAAGUGAACCGAUUCUGCAGAGAGAGUCGCUGCAUGGACCAGUGGGUGCCCAUCAUCAACCUGCCUGAACGAUGACGUCUGAGCUACAAAAAAAAAAAACAAACGCCUGUGAAUGGACAUUUAACUUCAUCAGCACAGGACCAGUGGUGUGGACCCUGAUGGACAUGUGACCACCCACAGAUCAAUUCUAAAGCCUAGCUGAUGGGAAAAGAAAUCAAAAAAGAACUUGAUGUUAUGCGGGUUGUGUUCAAAAGGCACCAAGCUGGAUUUCCAUGUUGGGCUGGACUGUUCUGUGUCCGUCUGUCAGCCUGGUGCAACGAUGUGAGCUGGUGAGACAACAAAACUGUGAAGCUGGACUCUGUAAAGAAGGCUUUUGUCAUUUCUUUGUUUGACUAAACCUCUGUGAGGAGUCAGAGAGCAGGAGGUGGAGCUGUCGAGUGGACCAGGGUCGGCUUCUCUGCAGAGAAAAAAAGAGAGAGAAAAAAGCACUUGUUGAAACACUGGACCUUUUUGCAAUUUCACUUCUUUAAUUUCAGUUGUUAAUGUUGACACUGCUAUGGUAAUUUAAACAAAGGGAAUGGCUACAAACAUCCAGUGAUGACAUUCUGUGUUUUUGGUGUUUCUCAAAUGUCAGCUGGCUUUAUGACCACAAGUUCAAUUUGUUCUUUUGUUACAAUUUUAAGUUAUUUCAAAUGAUAUUUAACUGUAUUUAUGUUUCCAUUUUUUUUACCUUAUAUAUUUGAGAAAAAUCUGAAUUCAACACACACAUAUAUAUACAUAUAUAUUGAUAUUGAUGAUAUAAAUGCAUUGCUGUCAAUAAAAGAGUAUCUUUGGA